GCGAUCAGCAACAGGAGGACUGCCUCGGCCAAUCAGGCCGACCCGAGGUUUCGAGCAUCUGAAGGUCGGCCGACUCGUCGGCUUCACGUUAGCUCAUCAUUUGCCGAGUCCGUCUGGCCGACGGUGGCAGAAAGCGGCUUGGAAUGGGUCCGAUUGCAGAGACAAUAAUGCCGUUUCUUUUGGCCAGCUUCAUCCAGUCGCAGGGCUCGAGGCUCGCCCGACCGGCGCAGCCUCGCCGACCCUCCCGCCUCCUCGGCCCUGCCCGGCUCGAGCCCAGCCGACGAGGAUGACCCGCCUCCUCGGCCUCCUCCUCUUGCUCCUCUGCCCGCCGGGCUCGCCCGGCAACCGGUCGGCCCUGGCGACAGGCAUCGGCAACCUGACCCGCCAGACUGAUGGUCAGGCCGGCAACACAACCGGCCGGUACCGCUACCUUUACCAGAAUCUCUGUCACUACUUUCUCACUUGGUACCUGCCGUUGGUCAUCCUCGUCGGCACGUUGGGCACCCUCUUCUGUUUGGCCUUCCUCUUCCUCUCGCGCCUCUUCCAGGCCAACAUGCUCAUCUGGUUGGUGAGCAUCUGCCUGGGCGAUUUUAUGAUCCUCACGCUGGAGGGCGUCUGGAUGCUGUUGAAGGUGUGGUGGAACUUUGACAUCCGCGAUCUCAACAACACGGCCUGUAAACUGCACAAAAGUCUGUCCAACUACUUUCUUUACUGGUCCGCCUACAUGCAAUGCUUCCUCUCGUUGCAGCGCUCCUACCUCAUUUUGCAGCCGUUGCGGGCUCGCGGUGGUGGGCCACCCAUCUCCACCCUCGUCUGGGUCUACACCAUCGCCUCGAUCGUGCUCAUUGUCCCCAUUCUGCCCUACCUGCUCUACUGGCGUGUCAUCGACGGCGACUGUGAUCCCGUCUUUCCCGAGCUCUUUCACACAAUCACCCUGUGCGAUCUCACCUUUUGGGGCAUCAUUCCGUUGAUCGGAAUGACCUCGUCCACCGUCAUCAUCUGCUGGAACAUCUUCCGACUGAAGCGCUCCUUCCGCGGCAAACUGGCCGGCGAUCUGGCCGGUAUCAGCCCGCUCCUUCGACCGGCUCUUUUGGUCACCCGGCCGACCUGCCCGAUCCAGUCGGGCCAACCGAGCCAUCAGAACCAACCCAACCGAGCCAUCGGUCCGGCGAGUUCACCGAAGAGGCUGAGCGCCAGGUCGAUCUACCAGAAGCCGUCCAUAGCGCCGCUGACCUGCAGACGCCGACUCACUUCGGCCGGUCCUUCGGUCGGUUUGUCGGUCUUCCGACUGGCUCCGCCGGGCGCUCCCAGACCGCUCCGAGACCGUCGCGCCAGCGAGACGCGCUUCAGCCUGGCCUCGGUUUCCAUGGAGAACCUGCGCGGCCGGUCCGAUGGAGCGCACGGCCAGCGCCACGGCGGCAGUGACAACGCCGGCCACGUGACGCGUCUGUUGGUCUGCAUGAACCUUUGGUACAUGGCGAGCACGUAUCCGCUCAUCGUCUACCUCAUGGUGCUCAACUACGGCCGGCUCCAGAAGGACGCCGAUGUGCAUCGCUUCAUGUACUACAUGUUCCGCAGUUUCUGUUUUCUCAACUCAUGCUCCAACUGGAUCUUCUACUGCGCCGUCGGCCGUCUCUUCCGCCGACGUGCAUGGCGCGUCCUCCGCCAACUCGGCGGUUGGCUGCUCGGUCGUCGACUCACCAAUCGCCUCAUGUCAGCCGCCGUCGUCAAGCCAGACUGCGAGUCGCAACGAUGCUACCGACUGCGCGCACGCAGCAUCUCCACAACCUGUCUGGCCGGGCAACAUGUGUUGCCGCGCAAGCCCGGCCCCGCCUGUCACUUGUCCCCGACGCUCAAACCGCCCGUCGGCCCGGCUGCCGCCGGCCUCGACAGCGACCAGUUCGAGUCCGCCUCCGCCUCC